AUGUCGAGCCAACCGCUAACCCUCAAAAGGAUCGAAAAGAUUGUAGCGCCUCGUCCCGAUGAUCAACAGUACACUGAGGAGGAGCUGAAAAAAUGCGAAGAAAUCCUAGUGGAAUAUGCCACACAACUCGCUAAGGAAGGGAACAUCGUCGAAUUGCGGAAGUUGCUCGUGAUAACUCGUCCAUUUUACGAUGUAAUUGGCAGAGCAAAGGCUAGUAAACUUGUUCGGACUUUGGUAGAAUGUUGUUUGAUGGUGCACCAAGAAGACCACGAGAAGAUCAAUCUGGUCAAAGAGUGCAUUAAGUGGGCUACCGAAAAUAGCCGACUAUUCCUACGCAGAACACUACAAGCUCGUCUUAUCCGGCUCUACAACGAAUUCGGGCAGUAUGUUGAAGCGCAGAAACUCGCUGGACCACUGGUCUCCGAGCUGAAGAAAAUAGAGGACCGUGAGUUGAUCAUGGAGGUGACACUAGAAGAAAGUAAAAGCGCAUUUGCUUUGAAGAAUCUUUCCAAAGCCAAAACUUCGCUCGUUCUCGCAAGAAGUAAUGCCAACGGAGCCUACGUCUCUACACAGAUGCAGGCUGGACUCGACCUUCAAUCGGGGAUUCUCUACAGCGCCGAUGAGAAAGAUUUUAAAACGGCUUACUCGUAUUGUUAUGAAGCACUCGAAGGAUAUGUACUAACAGAUAUGCCUAAAGCUGUUAAAGCACUUAAAUAUAUGUGUCUCUGUAAGAUAAUGUUAAAUGAAGCAGAUUCGAUACCGUUGCUACUCUCAAACAAGGUUUUGCAAGCAGUUCAUGGAAGAGAUGUGGACGCAAUGAAGUCUAUGGCGGAAGCUUUUAAAGAAAGAAGUUUAAGUAAAUUUAACAGUUGUUUAAAGGAAUACAACAAAGAACUGAUGGGUGAUCCUGUGGUUUCAGCACAUUCAAGACAGCUCCGGGAUAAUAUGCUUGAAAAAGAAAUCUGCCGCGUCAUCGAACCUUACUCGGAAAUCGAUCUUCAUCACAUCCAACAAUGUGUUGGACUGUCUCAGAAGCAGAUUGAAAAGGCAAUUUCCAAAAUGCUUCUGGACAAGAAAUUUUUUGGAGUUAUUGACCAGCACAGUGACACCGUACAAGUUUACCCAACACCCCACAAAGAUAAAACCUAUCAAAAAUCAGUGGAACUGAUACGAGCACUCUCCAAAGCUGUUGACAAUAUUUACAGUCGUGCUGGAACUCUUCUGAAGUGA